AGAUUAUAAGGCAUGAUUAACAAGGGGUGCUAGAUACUAUUCAAAACGAUGACCUUCUGGUGACGUGAUAGUCAUGCCUUUGAAAAACUCUAGCAAAGGAAAAAAGAAGAAUGGUAAAGCCAAGAAGUCAAGAAAAUCGAAGUCUUCUGCAAAACUUGGAGCGAGUGGAGACCAUAAUCCGACUCCGGAACAAAAACACAAACUCUUCCUUGAGAAGCUGAACAGUUGGCUUCGGGCAAACUGUGCUCAGCUUAUUGACACCUUCGCCAGAUAUGACAGCAAAGGAUGUGGCAUGGUAUCAAAAGAAGAAUUCUGCGAGAGUCUGCUGCUGAUGAAGGCACCCCUUUCUAAGGAUGAAACUCAGAUGGUGCUAAAGUUUCUGUCCGAGAAACCGCCUCGUGCUAAAAUCGAUUACUUGCUGUUUGCGAGAGGCGUACAAAUUCCAUUCCCAGUCCGGGAUGAUGUAAUGUGUGAGACCCAGGAUAUCAAGCUGACGGUACGAGACCUCUCACAUCCGCAGUGUACCAAAUGUAAACUCAAGUUCCCGCCCACUGAACGUCUUGAAGUGCGCCCCAGAUACGUUGAUCUGACCCUGGAGCUGCUCCAAUUUCUGGAUAAGGAGAUACCAUGCAACUUUACCGAGAGAGUCACCGCAACUCUGUCUAUAUUCGGAAUUAAACAGCUUGUUCAGCACACUUUCGGGCAUUCUCUACUUGAUCUUAAGGUUUAUCGGGAGAGGACAGGGGAAACUGAGCCACUGAAGGACGAUCUUACAUUAGCAGAGAUAGGAUUUAAGGGAAACACCUCCGAGACACCGGAGUCAGUGACACUAUUCUACGAUGUACAUGUGAACGUGCACGUCAACAUCGAGGUUACCCACCCUUUCUAUGCCUGUCCUCUUCUCCUGACAGACCAUUACUUUGCCAAACAUGAGAAUCCCCCUUCCGGUGCUACGUCUGUGUCGUGAAGGAAAGGAGACACUGAAACAAGCUCAAGUUUUCCUCUGAUCUUAUCAAGUUUUAUGUUCGAUUUUCAUGAGAUUAGCAAGCGUUGACAGAUCGACUAUGAUUAUCGAUCAUUUUAUUUGAAAAUUCCACACCGAUAUUUUGAAUAUUGAUUUUAUUUUCAGUUAAUAUAUUAUUAUCAGAUAUGAGUGCAGUGAUUCAAUUAUUACUAUGGGCUUAGAACACUUGACGAUGUAAUCAACGAUCUUUAAAUUACGUUCGUGGAAACACCUUUGGCUUUAGAUAGUUCCAACUGGAAUUGGGCCAAUGAUACAAUCGACACUUUUGACUUAAAUUUGAUAGAAGUUGGGAAAAUUAGUUGAUUCCACAGAAACUGUAACAGUUUACACCAGUAAUGUUUUAUGUUAGAGCAUGACAAUGAAACAACUUUCAUUUUUUAACCAAAACCGAGUAACCUGGAAACUUGUUCUUGAAUUUUCUAAAUAGUAGUGAUAGUAAGAUGAAUAUACAAGUGGCAAUACAAGUGAUAUAAGAAAUUUAUUUCAAAAUGGUACAGAAUACGUUGUGCGGUAAACACAGUCACCUUGGUGGCUUGGUCAGUCACUUUAACCUGGUCGAUCAAACACAGUCAUGUCACUAUAAUCAGUCAAAUACAGUCACUAUGAUCAGUCAAAAACAGUUACUAUGAUCAGUCAAAUACAGUCACUAUGGUCAUUCAAAUACAGUUACUAUGAUCAGUCAAAAACAGCCACUAUAAUCAGUCAAAUACAGUCACUAUGGUCAGUCAAAUACAGCCACUAUGGUCAUUCAAAUACAGUCACUAUGGUCAUUCAAAUACAGUUACUAUGAUCAGUCAAAAACAGCCACUAUGAUCAGUUAAACACGACAAUUCAUUUAGAAACGAUUAAAGAUCGUGAAAUUGUCGAACGAUAAAGUCAAUGUCUUAGAUAAUAUUAUGUAGAUAUGUGGUAGUCAUUGUAUUUCUGAAUCUGUGAAAGUCGCAAUUUUCUGUCCAUGACUCGUGGUUGUGUUUAUAAUGUCAUUGUUAAAAAAUGCUUCUACCCUGUCGCCUUGUAUAACCAUUCUGACCCCGAGCUCUUUUCGUCCUGCAGUAAAGAUAAGAUUGGGAAUUAAAAAGACUUGUAAUAUGAUGAUCUGAUAGAGAAAAGAAAAUUGAUUGGAUAUUACAGUUUUAAUCUGAU